CUACAACAAAACAUAUCCAGCGUCUAAGACGGAGUGAAGGUACGGAGAAGUUCAUCCAAGCACUAGAGCGGGAUGGUGGAGUUAUAAUUGAAGAUUUCGCGGAUCUUGCGACUAUCGAACAGGCAAAUGCCGAGGUAAAACCAUGGAUUGAGGAGCAGAAGAAUUCGCAAGGGGCGCAAGUUGGUGCACUUGGAGGGAAAACUAGGACAGUUACUCGUCUGAUCAUGCGAUCUCCAACAGUACGAGACAAGUUCUUCGCAGACCCCCUACAUCAAGCUUUAUGUGAGCACUUCCUAGCACUUGAGACAACGACAUGGUACGGUGAAAAGGCACAAGUGAACACUUCGCACCCAUUAUUAAGCAUCUCAAUUGCAUUUGACAUUCCGCCCGGCACAUCAGCGCAAGGGCUUCAUCGUGAUGAUAAAAAUCACCAUGCACGCCACUCUCAAACAUCCCAGUACACUCGAAAUCGCGAUAUGCUCCUAGGACUCUUUGUGCCAGGGUGCGAUACUAUGCGAGCAAACGGGGCCACGCGGGUCAUUCCGGGUUCGCACUUAUGGGGAGAUGAUAAACCCGACUUUGGAUCCGACGGGAAAAAAGACGUACUCGACGCAGAACUGAAGAAAGGGGAGGCAUUCAUCAUGCUGGGAAGCUUGUACCAUGGCGGUGGCGCAUACGAAAAGCCAAUAACAAGCAAUCCAGAAACCGAAAGCCGCACGGUAUAUGCUAUGUUUUCAUGUACUGGCGUCCAUAGACAAGAGGAGAUCAGCUUCUUGUCCUAUCCCGUAGAGGAGGUCAAGAAGUACUCCAAGAUUGUACAGGAAAGAUUAGGCUGGAAACAAAGUGAACCAAACCUGGGUUGGGUGGACCUAAGAAGCCCGGAGUUCCUACUCCAGUAGUGAACAGGCGAAGCGAUCUCUACCAAUAAUCAUUGUUUCUAAUAUGUCUUGUCGGCUUGGUUUAGUUUCUAGGUAUGUCUAAAGCCCCCCCAGGUAGAUAGAAUCUGUAGGAAGAAUGCUGAUGUUUCCUUGUGGGAUAUAGGUGUGGCAGUGAUGAG